AUGUCGCUUUCCAACAAGCUCUCCAUUACAGACCUUGACCUUAAGGGCAAGCGUGUCCUCAUCCGAGUGGACUUCAAUGUUCCGAUGCAAGACGGGAAGGUCACGAAUCCCGCGCGUAUCGUUGCCGCUUUGCCGACCAUCAAAUAUGCUCUUGAGAAUGGAGCGAAAACGGUGACUCUCAUGUCCCAUUUGGGACGUCCGGAUGGCAAGGUUGUUCCGAAAUACUCCCUCGAGCCAGUCGCAUCCGAGCUAGAGAAGCACCUCGGAAAGCCUGUCACUUUCUUGAAGGACUGUGUGGGCCCUGAGGUCGAGCAGGCGGUGAACUCCGCCUCGCCUGGUUCGGUCAUCCUGUUGGAGAACCUCCGCUUCCACAUCGAGGAGGAGGGCUCUGUGAAAGAUAAAGAAGGGAAGAAGACAAAGGCUGAUCCCGAGAAGGUCAAGGCUUUCCGGGAGGGACUCACGAAACUCGGCGAUGUCUACGUUAACGACGCUUUCGGGACCGCUCACCGUGCGCACUCUAGCAUGGUCGGUGUCCAGCUCCCGCAACGCGCUUCCGGCUUUCUGGUGAAGAAGGAGCUCGAGUACUUCGCCAAAGCACUCGAACACCCCGAGCGUCCGUUCUUGGCCAUCUUGGGUGGAGCCAAGGUCUCGGACAAGAUUCAGUUGAUUGAAAAUAUGUUGGAUAAGGUCGACUCGCUCAUCAUUUGCGGAGGGAUGGCGUUCACCUUCAAGAAGACUAUCGACGGGGUAUCAAUCGGCAACUCCUUGUUUGAUGAGCCUGGAUCGCAAAAGGUCCAGAGUCUGAUUGAGAAGGCGAAGUCCAAGGGCAUCAAACUGGUGUUCCCCGUUGAUUACAUUACCGCUGACAAAUUCGACAAGGAUGCCAAGACUGGAGUUGCCACCGACGCGGAAGGUAUCCCAGAAGGUUGGAUGGGUCUGGACGCCGGCCCGAAAAGUCGUGAGCUGUACGAGAAGACAGUUUUGGAAGCCAAGACCAUCCUCUGGAACGGACCGCCUGGUGUCUUCGAGUUCGACGCGUUCGCCGGUGGAUCGAAGGCGCUCCUGGACGCCACCAUCAAGGCCGCCCAGAAUGGCGCGACUGUCAUCGUGGGCGGUGGUGACACUGCAACAGUUGUUGCCAAGUAUGGCGCGGAAGACAAGCUCAGUCACGUUUCUACUGGCGGUGGUGCCAGUCUUGAGCUCCUCGAGGGGAAGAUCCUGCCCGGUGUUGCGGAGCUCAGCGAGAAAUGAUUGCUAUCUGUUGCCGGAGAUAAUUGCAUGACGUCCAGGAUUAGAGAAGUAUGCUAUGUGAAGUGUACAAGAAACAGGUGUACCAACUAUCGCGUUAAUUUAGACUUGCCGUACAAAGAGCGCCGUAUUAUGUAAUUCUAGUUU